CAGAAACGUACAAUGUAUUACGUGAGUCUUCAAUGUGGUCAUAUGUAAGCGUACCUCCACCGUCUGCCACAUAAAGCCCGCUUCCCCUCAGGAGACAUCCUGAUCGCUCGGGACGUCACUCUUGACAGGCACCUCCGUCGCAUUUUGGCACAACCAGUUUAUCAGCUAUCAGGUUUUACUCCUCUUUCAACCGUUCCGCGCAUUCCGCCAGCCCAUCAGUCAGAGCAACGUUGAUGCAACCCGAUUUCUGGCGGGCCGCCCGAACCAUAAGUAAUCGGAUCUUUUUUGCCCCGUGCAAGCCAUGCCGCGCUUCAUCUUGGCAUGGAUCAACGCGGCGCUGCUCUUCGGGUGUGUGUGCGGCCAUCAGUUGCAGAGUGCGCAGCCUGGUCAAAUCGACAACAGCGCAUGCAAGACCACCUGCCACCGCUUCGGCAUGCAAUCGCUGGGCGAGAAGUUCAAGGGCAUCGACGACCCGGUCAAGUGUUGUGACGUGUGCGAUGAGGUGUACCCCGAAGGAGGCGCCGCGAGGAAGACCGGAUCAUCGCCCUCCUCGGUUAUGCAGGAGUUGAAGGUGGCGGGCAUGGACCAGAACAAGUGCAAGGUCGCGUGCCAGCGCUUCGGCAUGAGGUCUCUGGGCCCAGCGUUCAAAGGCAUCAAAAGCCCAGUGGCCUGCGUGUCCAAGUGCGAGGAGGUGUACCAGUGAAUCAUGGAAGCCUCAAGCUCUGCAUAGUUGUCAGUGAGAGGGGUGGCGAUGCCUGCCCCCAGCAGCCAGUUCGAAUCCCUUCGCGCUGGUCGCGCCUUCAACAUACUUUUGACGUCAGCAUCUGAUGUCGAAGAGCAGGGAAGCGCUUACCUGGGAAGGGAAGAGGAAGAGUUGGCCUCCAGCCAGGCUAGAACAGGAGGCACUUUUCUGGUUGCGCCACUUCCCACUUGUUGAUUUGUUUUGUGCUUCCUGUCCUAGUCCUUGUCUUUGUCAUGUUUGCUACUUUUCCUUUUCAAUCGAAGCACUGGUGUUUCUCAUUUAGACCCCAAGUUGGCCUCGUGUCCAUCAUUAUCCUUGUCUUGAACUGAUGUUCUCAGCGCAACACUUAAAACAACACCAGAUCUUGACCCUGCAGAGCGGGAGUCAUUG